AUGGAGCAGGAAUUACAAGCCGAAAUAAUAUCACCAGAAAGUCCUGGAGAGUACCUCAACAAAAUGAUUAACAAUUAUGCUGAUGGGAACAUAUUUGCAGUAAAAAACUGCAAGAUUGGAGGAAAUGAGAUUGAAGGGGCAAGAUAUAGAAUCGUGGAUGGCUUUCCAUUCCCUUCCUCGGAAGAUUAA